AUGCAAGCAUUAUAAAUUAUUUGAUCUUAGUUCUCCAUGUACGUGGAUUUGGUGUUCCCAUCCUCUGCUUAUCUCUAACUUGCCUGUUGUCGAGAUCAGGAUUUUCAACCUGCUCUUGAUUGGAUGUACUAUACAUCACUUAGUAGAUUGUGCAAAAGAGUUGCUCAUGUGUUGUACUCUGUGAGUAUCCCUUUCCUAAAAUGCUUUUCUCACACUUUUAUACAUGAUUGGAAAUGAAUACUUGGAUCUUAUUCCCUGUUUCUCAGCCCCUGAUAAACACUGCUUCACGUUUUCUGUCAUUGUGUGUUACUGUGAGUUAGAAGCAUCUUUCUCCCCUUAAUUAAUUUUAAGUGUCUUAAUGUUAAUAGAAUCUGACUUCACCAAGAUGUCUCAAUUUGGAUGAUUCUGUAUCUUUCCCGGGACAUUGGAUAUUCCUUUAUUCCAACAAUUUUCUAUCAUAAAUUUCAGCAUAUUUCGUUUUGGCUUUGUUUUGUUUUGUUGUGCUUCUAGAAUGCCUUUUAUCUGUAUGUUGGAUCUCUGUUUUCAAACUUUCUCAUCUGUCAUCUUCUCCACUUGCUUUCAUCUACUUGUCCUUUUCCUCUGCAUUUUGUGCAGUUUUUUGAAAACUGCUUUCCACAUCAUCCACUUUGCUCUUGCUUUGUGGGUACCACCUCUCAUAACUUUAAUAUAUUUACUGGUUCUGCAGUGAUUUUGUUUUUGUCUUCAGUUGCUUUCUUCAAUUGCCAGCUUCCCUUUCAUCUCAUCCUGAUGUCCUAUCAUUGCAUCUUUGAUCUCUUCUGUCAUAGAAUCUCUGCUAAUUGUUGAAUAUGAUUUCCUUCUGUGUCAUGUUCCUUCUGAAUAGAUUGUAGAUUGGUUUUUCCAUGAUAUUUCUGUCCCCUUUUCUCUCCUCUCAGUCCAUUUUUGUUUUCUAAGUUUCGUCUCUUAGAUUCAGAUGUAGCUAUCAGAACUUUCUCUCAGCCUUCAGAUAAUACGGGUCCUAUAUCUAAAUCUCCGCCUCGAUCCCUGUGUAAUUUGGCUUCCAGAACCAGAGUUUGAGUCCCAGUGCUUUGUCUUUCUUCUGCAGUCAGUCCUUCAUCGAUUUAAAAGGACCCUGGUUGUGUUCCUGGGCAGGAUUCAGUUGAUGACUUUUAUCUUUAAACUCUCCAAUGCUGAGUUUUAAGUCCCUCUUUUGAUUUGAGGACCCUAUAUGUCUGUUGAUUAGGUGUAGCCAAAGCCUUUUCUAGUUCUGUUUAUAUUUUUCCUCCAGCCAAGCCUUGUUUGCAGUUUAAAAUAAUUAGUCACUAUUUUUUUCUUGAUCUCUUGGUGAGUUUAAAGCAUACAUAUUAUUUUGAGAGAUUUGUGUCUUUAGAUGUUGGUUCUGACUGAGUGUUUGGCUGUGCACUUUAGCUUUAGUGCAACAGUCAAAUGACUUAUCCAAGUUUGGAGAUAUUCUCUAUUAAGAUUUUGUCAUGAAAGUUUCCUGUCAUAGAGCAGUCUAGAAUCUUGUGGAUUUAACCAACUCAGUAUUUACUAGAUAAAAUUCUAUGAUUCUUUCCUCUGUGGAUUGCCAUGUCUUGCUUUGGAAUAUCAAGGACACCAGUCAUGACUGGUUCUGAAAUUAUUAAGGGAAAUGAGUAUCAGUAUUAGCGUUGCAUUGGCCAUAAUAUUCAUUCUUUCAAGGACAAUAAUUUUCUUUUAUGAGUGUAUUCUCAAUUGCUUUUGAUGCUGGAUGUGCAACUUGGUAUUUUCCCCUUAAUUGCUAUAUAAGAAGAUAAAUAUUUGCAAACAUUAAUCUUCCAUGCUCUUUAAGGACUGUAUAGCUAUAUUGUAUUCAUCCAAUCCACAGCACUUAAAAGUAGGCUUCCAGACGAAGGGGUUACUCCUGGUCUAACUGGUGGUCUCAGAGACAUACAUACAGGAAGGAAAGGAAUAAUCAUACAGGAAGGAAAAUUGAGCUUGGUUUUAAAACUUGAGCAGGAAUCAGAACUAGCCUCCAGGCUGUUAAACCUGGUUGUUAGUUGUUAGGCCUCCCCAAUAGAGUUUGUCAUUCAGGUUUGAAAUGGAACCUGAAAAUUUGCAUUUCUAACAAGUUCUUAGGGGUUGCUGGUACUGCUGCCUUGGGGACCAGAAAUUGGGAACCAUUGUCUUAAAAGAUGACAAUUAUUGGGGCCUUUAAAAUGUGGAAAGAAAUAUUCUACAUGAAGGAAAAAAUGGAACCAAACCGAGAGACCUUAACAGUCUCCUGUUUGCUAAGCUCUUCAGAAUGAUGGUGGACCCUUUAUGGGAAAAUAUUUAAAAUGCUAAAGUUGAUUCCCAGGCAUUCUGAUAAAUUUUAGCUUUUUUAUAUCCAGCAAAUUGAUAUAGAUACCUACCAGGAACACAGAUAGAUAAAUACAUAAAGGGUAAAUUAAUAUAUUAGUAAAUGCAAAAAGAUAUCCUAAGUUAUGGUUGGUUUCAGAAUGCAAUAUAUAAAAUAUUGGUGGAAAAUGAAGUUAAAAGGUAAGUUUAUGUUGGUGUAAAAACUUUUUUAAUGAUUUAUUUAUUUAUUUGAAAGAAUUACAGAGAGAGAGGGAGAGACAGAGAGCAAGCCAGCUUCCAUUCAGUGGUUCACUCCUCAAAUGGCCGCAACAGCCUGGGCUGGCCAGGCCAAAACCAGGAGCCAGGAGCUUCUUCCAGUUCUCCCACAUGGAGCCCAAGUAUUUGGGCCAUCCUCCACUGCUUUCCCAGGUGCAUUAGCAGGGAGCUGGAUCAAAAGUAGAGCAGCUGGAACUCGAACUGGCACUCAUAUGGGAUGCCAUCCCUGUAGACAGUGGCUUAACUCAUUAACUUGAUGUGCCCCAGCACUGGCCCCAAGUGCAAAAAAUUUUGAAAUGCACCCAUAAUUUUUUUUCAUAAUAUUGCACAUUCCAUGAACUUUGUGAAGGUCCCUCCUGUAAUUGGAAGUGAAAUCUGCUAUCAACAAUACUCUGGUAUUAUUGUUCAGAGCCACAUACUAGAUCUUCUAGAAGGAGGCUGGCUUCCCUGCCAGGCAUCUGUAGGACUGACGACUUUUCUCUGUUCCAUUUUACAUGAACUGACCCUGAUGUUUCCAGAUACCCCUAAGGCUCAUUCAGCCAGACUCUUCAGUGACUUUGUUGGCUGUGCACAUUUUCCGUAAGAAACAAGACGAUGUUUCUCAGGGGGUAGAUUUGGCAGGCAUAAAGCUACUACAUAACCUUGUUCUGAUUCCAUGAGGUUGGAUUCUGAAGAAAGAUAAUUCAAUGUUAUAGCUCUUGUUCUUGCGUGUAUACCUUUGUCAGCAACUUUCAGUCUUCCAAAUGUGCUUCCAAAGUCUGAACACACUGCUUGCAUGCCUAAGAAGUUCUUUGAACAAACUGCAGACAAUGGAUUUUGUACCUUUUCAGUUAACUCUCCGGAGUGUGAAUCCAGAGCAGAGGAAACACUGGGAGUUACACUGGAAUCGGCCCCCCAGUGAAGAAAGAGACUUAUUACUAAGAAUGUGUGGUGCAGAGACUUUAAGUCUGAAUAGUCUUUGAUACACUGAACAACAUUUAUGGAGUGUCUCAACUACUGAUCUCCCUUCUCCAAUUAUGGAAUUCAAUAAACAUUUUUUUUUUCUGGCAUCAAAGAUUUUGUGUUCCAGAAGGCUUGGGCAGGUGAUGUUACUUGAGAUUCUGAUUUUUUUCGCAUCUGAAAAAUGAGAUGCUGGGCCAGGUUGAGCUGUGUGAUCUUUAAAGAUCUCCUCUCUAGUGGACAUUUUCAGCCUGACCAAGGUUAUUUCAGAGCAUUUCUUUUUUGAUUUGAAGACGGCACAAGUUAUAUGUGGUUUCAGUAGUUUGUAGGGAUGCUAAGGAGAGAAAAUUCUGCUUCUAGUUAAUUCUGUUAUACCUACCUCUACGAUAGCAUUUGGGUCGAAUUCUUCCUAGGGCUUUCCAAAAUGCUUUGCAAGCCAAGAGCAGAAAGGUUUGGAGGGCCGGUAUUGUGGCGUAGCAGGUAAAGCUGUCAUCUGACGCUGGCAUCUCAUAUGUGUGCCCAUUUAAGUCCCAGCUGCUCCACUUCAAUCCAGCUCCCUGCUAAUGGCCUGGGGAAAGCAAUGGAAGAUGGCCCAAGUGUUUGGGCCCUUGCACCCAUGUGAGAGACCCACAAGAAGCUCCUGGCUCCCGAAUCUUGGCUUCGGCUUGGCGAAGCCCUGGUCACUGCGGUCAUAUGAGGAGUGAACCAGAGGAUGAAAGAUCUCUCUUCCUCUCUCUCUUUCUCUCUCUCUCUCUCUCUCCCUCUUUGUGUCUCUUUCCCUUUUUCUCUGUAACUCUUUCAAAUAACUAACUACAUAAGUAAAACGAAUGGAAAAGUUUUUGUGGAGAGAAGGAGACCAAGAAGUGUCAAAUGUAGCCAUAGAUAAUGACCCCAGGUAUUAUCUCAGCAUGAUGAAUACAAGGGUGGAACAGUGCAGCCAGAGGACCUGGGUGCUGAGGAAAAGGAGGAUGACUGUCUACUUAAAUAUCAAGAAUAAGUGAGAGCUUACAAUUUCUCGUAUCCCCGUAGUCAACUAAUCAUCGUGAUGUGGAUUCCUUAGCCACAUUAGUUGUGGUGGGAAGUGUCAUACAGUACUAAAUUUUGUUUUGUUUUGCUUUUCUGGUCUUGGAGGCUUUCAGGAAUUGCUUGGGUUCCUAAGCAUUUCAUUUGAAUUGGUGCCAUUGCUUCAUUUUCUCCUGGAAAGCAGGCAUGCAUACAGUUAGUCAUUCAUACCACAAAUCUCAUCAGGGCCAGACCUGUGCUGGGCCCUGGGGACAUAGAACAAAAAGGAACACAUUACUUGUCCUCUGAAAAGUGAUUUUGAGUAGCCUGGAGCUCCAUCGCUUAGAAAGAAGAUAGCUUUACACAUUGGAUAAAAGAAAAUAUGCAUUGUGUUUUUAAUAGAAAUUUUAGUUGGAGGCCACAUGCUGAGUGUAGAACUUGAUCACUUUUAAUGACAUUGGACCCUUGCUUACAAACCCCAUAGGGUCAUCAACAAUUCAAGGCCAUUUCACUUAAGGAAAGACCAGUUACAUGCCUUCCUUCAUCUUGGGUUUUUCCUGAAAGAUUUUUGGUAAGACACCCAAAUCUGAAAAAUAAAACUGAAAACCUGUGGUAUCAUAUGCAUAGGCUCUGCUAAUCAGUUAGAACCACUGAAUCCUAAGGUCUUGAUGUUGGGAGAGAACUUCUUGAUUAUCUGAUCCAGAUAUUCCUCAGACAGGACCCCAGGAAGGGAUUGUAAAGGCAGACGGGUUAUGUUCAGAGACGAAAACCCUGGAGAUCAUUUGUGACACAGUUUCCAACCUUGGCACUGCUGACAUUUUUUGAAUCACAUCACUCUUUCCUGUGAGGGCUGUCCUGUGCAUUGUAGAAUGGUUAACAGCCUCUCUGGCCUCUACCCUCUGGAUGCUGGUAGCACUUCUCUAACUGCGAUAUAUGCAGAUAUCUUCAGGUAUUGCCAGAUAUCCCUGGGCUGGGGGCAGGGGGAGGAAAAUUGUCCCUGGUUGAGGCCACUGGUUAAUAACACUGGGUUAGUAGAGGAACCUAACCUUCAUGUCUAAUCUUUUUUAUGUUGGAUUAGAAUCUUUUCAUUCAGAAACUGUCUUUUCAUUCAUUCAUUCACACAGCACAUAUUGGCUGAGUAUCUGUUGAGUAUACUGUGUACCCUGUCACCAGGGCUAGAUACCAAUGUGAACAAGACAGACCUGUUCUUAAAGUGCUUAGAAUUUAGUCAAGGGAUACAGACCACGGACAAACAAGUAUCAUGUCAACAACAAAGGAAACCAAGUAUGGAUGUUGUUGUGGGCAGGGUGUUCAUUUUCUUGGGAGUAGGGUUAGGAGUGGUGUUUGACAUUGAAUGGAAUUGUCAGGGAAAGCCCCUUGGAGAAUAAAGUCUUAGAGCCUAGGCAUGAAUAAUGAGGAGAUUGCCACCUGAACACUGGCAUCUAUGUUUCAUAAUAAUAAUAUAAAGUAAGGGGGUAAAUGUAAUCAGUAAAAAAACCUUUCAGAAUGUGAGAAGGAGAUCUUGUAAAACAAGUCAAUUUGUACAAAAAAGGUUGACCAUCAUGAUCUCAUCUAGCAGAUGAUCAAAGUGAUGCCUUGAAAGACUUGCUCAGGGUGAAUAUGGUAGACAGAGACAUCACACUUCCUGUCACUUUUUGGUGUUAGUGACCUAAGGACAAAUUCUUUCAUUGGCUGGAUAAAUAUUUCAAGAUAACUUUUUGUUUUGUUUUAAAGACUUAUAAUUUAUUUGAAUGACAGAGUUACCUAGAGACAGGGAAAGAGAGAGAAUCUCCCAUCCUUUGGUUCAUUCCCCAAAUGGCCACAGUGGCCCAGGCUGGGCCAGGUUGAAGCCAGGAACCAGAAGCUUCCUGUGGGUCUCUCUCAUGGGUGGCAAGAACCCAAGCACUGGGCUGUCUUCUGUUGCUUUCCCAGGCCAUUAACAGGGAGCUAGAUCGGAAGUGGAGCAGCUGGGACACAAACCAGCACCCAUAUGGGGUGCUGGCAUCACAGGCGGUGGCUUACUAUCUGAGCCACAAUGCCAGCCCCUGGUUUUGUUUUGUUUUUUAAAGGAAUGACCUAAUAAUGAAUAUGCUGCAGAAGCUUAAGUUUGUUAGGCAAAAGUGAGAUUUGUCAAGGAUUUAUGCAAUACGUGGCUUGACCAAGUACCUGAACAUAUUUUCAUGUCAUUAUAAAGCCUACCGUUGUGUUGGCAAACAAAUGUAUAAGCUCUCUGCUUCAUUUCUGGGGUACAGCAACUUUUGGGUAUAAACUUACUUGCCAAAAGUAUGAUCGGAGAUUGCAAGAGAAAAGAAAUAACUGUCUUUUUGGAAAAAAAAAUUCCAAUUCUGAGGUAUCUGCCAGUCCCAUUGUAUAAAUACAUGCUGUGUUUUUCCUACUAUAAGACUCUAUUAAUAUGGUGCGGACACUAACGCAUCUCAAUGGGCCAGUUGGCUGGUUGAAUCAGGAAGAAGGGCAGCUUUCUGACAGCUUCUGCUGUAGGUGGCGGCCAAGAAGAGGAAAACAACAUCACAGACUCCUUGGGUAGGUGCCGUCAGGGUGUUCCUGGUCCACAUAGACCCAGCUGUCGUUGGCCUUUUGAGACCACAGGUUGCUGGGGACAUUCAUCAGACAGAGCAGUCAGAACAGGAAUCCUGAUUUGGAGAGAGUUUCAUCUGACGUAAGAAAUUUGACCACAGAGUCAUUGUAUUGAGACCUGCCACUUAUAGGGAGCGACCCAGGUCAGUUCUCAUCCAAAGGAAAUGACGUGGCUGAAGUUUUUUGGGCAAAACCAUGGACACACAAGAGUCAACAAGUGUCAGGGAGCUGAGGUUGGGACUUCUGUGGACUUUUCCCCCCACAUGGAUGAAGCUCUUUUGGCCGAAUUUUCCUAUACUCGCCACAAGACAACAGCCAGAUGUCAUUUUUUUUUUCCUUGAAAUAAUACUACUGAGUGAGGUAAGUUGUUAAAAUGGUUUCUGGAUUCCUUUACUGAAACCACAGAAUCCAGACUUGGUGUGUUUGGCUGGAUCUUGAGAGCCAAGAACAGUUUUGGCCUUGAUGGUAGCUCCAAGCCCUGAGGUCAGUCAGGCCGCCGAGCUCACAAGGAAAGAACUCAGUGCGUGUUUUGGUCUUUCAUGAUGUGCAAGAUGACUUAGUGUGGCUUUUGCUUACUCUGCGUCUUAAUCAGUUCUGUAAUGAAGACCCAGCAGCAUAUCUGCAACUUCCCUUUAAUUUUACAAUUUUUAUAAUGAGAGUUCUUGUAGUGUGAAAAGUGGCUGUAGAAACCCAGCCAGCAUUCUGAAGAGUCUAUAAAGGAACACCGUGAUUUUCUGUCUCUGCUGGAUGGGUGAGGUUUGGCUCUGGAGGAGAGAAAUCAGUUAUCUCUUGUUCCUAAAUGCUAGGGCAAGAAUGACUUCAAAGUUUCCAAGGAGCUUCCUGAUGAACCCCUGACAUUUCAGAGAACUCCUCUGUACUUAUCACUUCUAAUGUAUUCAUUCGACACCAAGAAUGGUUUUCCAUUUUUUGAAAGAACAUGAUGAGGAGCUGUGAUCUAGUUUGUCAUGGUUGCCUUCUUUGGAGAUUUUUAGUGUGGGGGAAGGUGUCUGCGUUUUGUUUUGUUUCUAAGUCACAUCUCAGAAUAUUGUCAGGACACUUGGAGAGCUGGAGUUAUCUAGUGAACUGCAGGUUCCUCUUCCCACACAAUGAAGGCUGAAGCUGCUGAGAUACCACCCUGCUUCCUCCCUUUCUUUUCUUGUCCCUUCUCUCCUUUUAUCUCCUUGUUCACAUCACACGCUUCCUUUUCUAAGGACAGGAGAGCUGGCAGACUGCCUAUUGGCCUGUUGGCCUCAAUUAGCCUUAUAUCAUUGCAAAGGAAUGCAUGAAUUCUCCAGAAGGUAUGUAGUAUCUCUUUCUGUGUUAGACAUUCACUACCUGCUUUCAUAACAGGUCACUCCGCCAGAAUCAGUUCUUAUUUACAUAUCCAACAUUUUUAAGCCACUUGGAUUAUAUCCCUAGAUGCUCAUCUCAUUUUAAUGACGAUCCCAAAGGCAUCUGCUAUGAAAUAUGACUCCAACAUGUGCUGUAAUACUUGAAAACUUUAUUCAGGAGAGCAAACCUGAAUUAAGAGAGAACUUGAAGACUAGCAUCCUUAUCCAGAAGGCGACUGGGUUAUUAAUCUGCAAAUUGCCUGCUUCAGACACUGUGCUUGUGUACAAGGUUCCACAGAUGGACCAGGCCGAGCAUGCACAACAGAGGCCACUUGCAUUGGCAGCACUCGGUCUCAUGGUAUUUCCCGGCUACUAUUUAAAUCCAGUCUCAUAUUGGGGGUUACAUAUGUGACUGCAAAUUAAUCCUUUCUCUUCUGAAAAUUUGGUUUUGAAGAACAGCUGUGUCUCCCUUCUGAAUUCCUUAAUUAUUUAUCCUCCCUGAUAUGUUAAACCUUUCAUUAGUGUGGUAAAUUGCCAGGAGUACACAGAACUGCUUAGAUCAUGUAGCAAACAGUAUAAACAUUUGAUGGGACAUUUGAAGACACCACAUGGUGAGCCAGGGUCUAUAGUAGUACCAAAUGCAGUGAGAGCCGUGGAAGCGAAUUAUUGUUGGAAGGUCUUUGCUGGGUUAUUUAACUAGUUGAUUUUUUAGAAACAAUAACAUGGUUCUAGUACGUAUGUCAUUUGCACUUAUUCAGACAUGGAUUGAUUCUCCCCUAGGUCUUGUGAAAUUUGAAGCACACAUGCUCAUAUCUGAGUUCCAACGUAAUCAAGGAAAUUGAUCACUAUGUAUGUGUUUAAAAAAUUAGAUAUUCCAUAUUUGCAUUUGUAGAUCUGAUUCCAUAACUAGUGUCCCUAGAAGAGAUUUCACCUCUACUUCUCAUUUCAGGACUGUUUAGAAACAUACUUGAAAUGAUUUUUCAGUUACUAGGACUUCUACUUUGGCCAUGACCGGAGUAAAUGAUUAGUAGCGUUGUAGAACAUUCCUUGUUGCUGAGAACAGCAAGCCAACAUUCACAAGUUUGUUAAUUAGUGGUUUUUCCUUUCUAUUUCUCUUCCCAAGGUCUUGGGUCUUACAAUUAGAAAUAUUGACCUCCCAUUACAAGCCACAACUUGUUGACCUCAUUCUAUCAACGAUUUCUGAUCUGUAAAUACAUUUUUUAAGAGUGAUCUUAAGGUUCUUGGUUUCCUCUUUUUUUUUGGAGCUGAGCUAUUCUGAAGUUCAUGCAUUGCAUUACCUGUCCUUGGAUAAUUAGUUUCUACAUUCAAAGGAAAGGAAAGUAAGAAAAGCACAAACAACAGGUGCUCACUCAAGCCUUUUAUUAGAAUUGUGAUUGAGGAGGAUUGGGGAGUUCAGUGUCUUAUAAACGAAAGUAGGUUUCUGGAGUGGACAGAGGAAAAGCACCUUAUGGUGUUUCUGGUUCAAUUUCUCAGAGGCUUUGAAGGUUAUAAUUAGUUGCUACUGAAUCACAUGGCUGUGGUGCUUCACAGCUUUAUUUCUGGUCCGCAGCCCUUCAGUCAGGGAACAGGUUAGAUGCAGGCAAGGCCUCUGCAUUUUGCUCUGGUUGCUUCCUGGAGACAGUUGGGGUUUUGACUUGGGGACCACAUUUAUGCUCCUGGGCCACUGAGCUUUUAAAGAGCAGUGUUUGCCAAGCUGACCUGGACAAGAGUUGAUGGUGGCGGCCUUGUGAGAAUGCCAUGAAGCGUCCAGGACGCCUCCCCUCUCCAAUUACAUCUGAGCAGUGAGUUGGAAGGACGUGCACGACGAAGCUGUGGUUUCUCUCCCCGCUCCUUCAGAGGAGAAAAACCUGAGGCUUAAUGAUGGAUCCCUGGGAUUCUGAGCACAGCCAGCGGGUGGGCGGGAGGCCUAAAUGAAAGUCAGUCUUCCUGAGAUGGAGAAAGAGCAGGCUGUGGCCCUAAUUUCCUUUUCCUCUUUCUCGUGUCUCUGAGUAUGUUCCAAACCGUGAACAUCAUCUCUGGAUGGUUUUUAAACUUGUGUUCAUGAGUUUGUCAAGCAUGGACAAUUAGAUUUUGGGUUUCCCAUCAGAACUCCAGAGUUUGAAGUUCUCAAGCUAUGAAUGUCAACUGAAGAAACCCAGAACUAAGAGUUCCUAAUGUGAGAGGCUAGAUCCAGGCCAUGGAGGUGCUUCAGUGUGAUGGCUGUGAUUUCAGAGCCCCGUCCUAUGAAGAUCUCAAGGCACACAUCCAGGAUGUCCACACCGCCUUUCUGCAGCCGACGGAUGUUGCCGAGGACAAUGCGAACGAGCCCCGGUCUGGAUCCAUGAAUGCCAGCAACCAGACAGAGGUGGAGUUUUCUUCUAUAAAGGAUGAGUUUGCGAUUGCAGAGGAUUUAUCAGGUCAAAAUGCAACUGCACUGGGGACCGGAAGUUACUAUGGCCACAGUCCAGGAUAUUACGGUCAGCAUAUUGCCCCUAAUCCCAAACCAACAAACAAGUUUUUUCAAUGCAAGUUCUGCGUACGCUACUUCAGGUCCAAAAACCUCCUCAUAGAACACACUAGGAAGGUCCAUGGAGCUCAAGCUGAAGGGAGUUCGGCAGGACCACCUGUCCCGGGAUCCUUAAAUUAUAAUAUCAUGAUGCAUGAGGGAUUUGGAAAGGUCUUCUCUUGCCAGUUUUGCACAUACAAGUCACCAAGGAGGGCGAGAAUAAUUAAGCAUCAGAAGAUGUAUCACAAAAACAAUUUGAAGGAGACCACAGCUCCCCCACCCGCUCCUGCUCCAAUGCCAGACCCUGUGGUGCCUCCCGUGUCCCUGCAGGACCCCUGCAAGGAACUUCCAGCAGAGGUUGUAGAGCGCAGCAUCUUAGAAUCCAUGGUCAAACCUUUGACCAAGUCCCGAGGCAACUUCUGCUGCGAGUGGUGCAGCUACCAGACCCCGCGCCGAGAACGCUGGUGUGACCACAUGAUGAAGAAACAUCGCAGUAUGGUCAAGAUCCUUUCCAGCCUCAGACAGCAGCAAGAAGGGACUAAUCUACCCGAUGUGCAGAACAAGAAUGCCCCCAGCCCCACUUCCAACUCCUCCUAUCUGUCCAUGAAUGCUGCCAGCCGGGAGAUCCCCAACACGAAUGUCUCCAGCUAUAGGGGCUCCAUGGGCAACUCCAUCAUGAGACCCAAUUCUUCUUCAGCUUCCAAGUUUUCGCCCAUGUCUUACCCUCAGGUGAAGCCGAAGUCACCUCACAAUUCUGGCUUAGUGAACCUGACCGAGAGAUCCCGUUACGGAAUGACGGACAUGACCAAUUCUUCUGCUGACCUGGAAACAAACAGCAUGCUCAAUGACUCCAGUUCCGACGAGGAACUAAAUGAAAUAGACAGUGAGAAUGGUUUAAAUGCUAUGGAUCACCAGGCUUCAGGCAUGUCUGCAGAGCAGCUGAUGGGCUCAGAUGGCAACAAAUUAUUGGAGACCAAGGGGAUUCCGUUUAGAAGAUUCAUGAACAGGUUCCAGUGCCCCUUUUGUCCUUUCCUGACCAUGCAUCGACGUAGCAUUUCCCGUCACAUAGAAAACAUCCACUUAUCUGGAAAGACAGCGGUCUACAAAUGUGACGAAUGUCCGUUUACUUGCAAGAGCUCACUGAAACUUGGGGCUCACAAACAGUGUCACACGGGUACCACGUCCGAUUGGGAUGCCGUGAAUUCCCAGAGUGAAAGCAUUUCUUCCUCUCUGAAUGAAGGCGUCGUAUCUUACGAGAGCGCGAGCAUCAAUGGUAGAAAGUCAGGUGUCCUGUUGGAUCCCUUGCAGCAGCAGCAGCCACCGCCGCCGCCGCCGCCACCACCGCCACCGCCGCCAUCACAGCCACAGCCGCUGCAGCAGCCGCAGCCACCACAGCUGCAGCCACCACAUCAGGUGCCACCCCCGCCCCAGCCCCAGCCACCACCAACACAGCAGCCACAGCCACCCACGCAAGCCCCACCCCUGCACCCUUACAAAUGCACCAUGUGUAAUUACUCCACCACGACUCUGAAGGGGCUGAGAGUCCAUCAGCAGCACAAACAUUCGUUCUGCGACAACUUGCCAAAAUUCGAGGGCCAGCCCUCAAGCUUACCAUUGGAAAAUGAGACAGACAGCCACCCCUCUUCCAGCAACACUGUGAAGAAAAGUCAGACCUCAAUUCUUGGGUUGUCCUCCAAGAACAAUUUUGUAGCUAAGUCCUCUAGGAAGCUCGCUAAUGACUUUCCUCUCGAUUUAUCGCCCGUGAAGAAGAGAACCAGGAUUGACGAGAUAGCAAGCAACCUGCAGAGCAAAAUUAACCAAACCAAACAGCAGGAAGAUGCGGUGAUCAAUGUCGAGGAUGACGAGGAGGAAGAGGAAGACAAUGAAGUGGAGAUAGAGGUUGAGUUGGACAGGGAGGAAGAACCCACAGAACCCAUCCUGGAGGUUCCCACUUCCUUUUCGGCCCAACAGAUCUGGGCAAGAGAUGCCAGCGAACCCCAGAAGGAGCCCAACUUCAGAAACGUCACCCAUGAUUACAACGCCACCAAUGGGGCUGAAAUCGAGCUCACCCUCUCUGAAGAUGAAGAGGAUUAUUACGGCUCCUCAACAAACAUGAAGGAUCACCAGGUUUCCAACACCGCUCUGCUGAAUACCCAAACUCCUAUCUAUGGAACUGAGCACAAUAAUGAAAACACAGACUUCAGUGACUCCGGAAGGCUUUAUUAUUGCAAACACUGUGACUUCAACAACAAAUCUGCCCGAAGUGUUAGCACCCACUACCAACGAAUGCACCCGUACAUUAAGUUCAGCUUUAGGUACAUCUUGGACCCCAACGACCACAGUGCAGUGUACAGGUGCCUGGAAUGCUACAUCGAUUACACCAACUUCGAAGACCUCCAGCAGCACUACGGGGAGCACCACCCAGAAGCCAUGAAUGUACUCAACUUUGACCAUUCGGACCUGAUCUACCGCUGUCGGUUCUGUUCGUACACGAGCCCGAAUGUCAGAAGCCUGAUGCCACAUUACCAAAGAAUGCAUCCCACGGUGAAGAUCAACAACGCGAUGAUAUUUUCAAGCUACGUCGUGGAGCAGCAGGAAGGGCUGAACACCGAAUCCCAGACCCUGAGGGAGAUUCUGAAUUCGGCUCCCAAGAACUUGGCGACGUCCACUCCCGUGGCUCGUGGUGGUGGCAUGCCGGCUACGUUUAAUAAGAACACUCCGUCAAAGACCUUUACUUCAGAAUGUGAAAAUCAGAAGGACCCCUCGGUCAACACCGUUGUCGUUUACGACUGUGACGUGUGCUCAUUCGCGAGCCCCAACAUGCAUUCUGUCUUGGUUCAUUAUCAGAAGAAACACCCUGAAGAAAAGGCUUCCUACUUUAGGAUCCAGAAAACCAUGCGAAUGGUGUCUGUGGACAGGGGCUCCGCCCUUUCUCAGUUGUCAUUUGAGGUGGGUGCUCCAAUGUCUCCCAAAAUGUCCAACAUGGGUUCCCCACCCCCCCCACAACCCCCGCCACCAGACCUCAGUACUGAGCUUUACUACUGCAAACACUGCUCCUACAGCAAUCGGUCAGUUGUGGGAGUGCUUGUCCACUACCAGAAAAGACACCCAGAAAUAAAGGUCACUGCCAAAUAUAUCAGACAGGCUCCUCCCACAGCUGCAAUGAUGAGAGGGGCCGAAGGGCCCCAAGGCUCCCCUCGGCCACCCGCCCCCAUGCAACAGCUGAGCCGAAGCAGCUCGGAGAGAGACGGCCCUCCUGUGGAGAAUGAGAUGUUCUUUUGCCAGCACUGUGAUUACGGGAACCGGACGGUCAAAGGUGUACUCAUUCACUACCAGAAGAAGCACCGCGACUUCAAGGCCAAUGCCGACGUGAUCCGGCAGCACACGGCCACCAUCCGAAGCCUCUGCGACCGGAACCAGAAGAAGCCUGCCAGUUGUGUGCUUGUCCCCACCUCCGGUGCGGAGCGGGACAAAACCAAACUGCGGGCGCUCAAAUGUAGGCAGUGUUCCUAUACCUCUCCCUACUUCUAUGCACUAAGGAAGCAUAUCAAGAAAGACCACCCUGCCCUGAAGGCCACGGUCACGUCCAUCAUGCGAUGGGCGUUUCUAGAUGGCUUGAUAGAAGCUGGCUACCACUGUGAGUGGUGCAUCUAUUCCCAUACAGAGCCCAAUGGUUUGCUCCUGCAUUACCAAAGGAGGCAUCCAGAGCAUUACGUUGAUUAUACUUACAUGGCCACCAAACUCUGGGCUGGGCCAGACCCCUCCCCUCCCUCCCUCACAAUGCCAGCUGAAGCCAAAACAUACCGGUGCAGGGACUGUGUCUUUGAAGCCGUCUCCAUCUGGGACAUCACCAAUCACUACCAAGCAUUCCACCCCUGGGCCAUGAAUGGUGAUGAGUCGGUGCUCCUGGAUAUUAUCAAGGAGAAAGAUGGUGUUGAGAAGCCCAUCCUCCCCACUGAAGAGUUGGCAGGCCCUGUGAAUUGUGAGAAUAGCAUGCCCAUCCCCCUCCCCGAGCAGGAAGCUGAAUGCCCAGAGGAUGCGAGACUUUCCCCAGAGAAAAGCAUGCAUCUGGCUUCAGCCAACCCCGCCAUCUCCUCCACCCCGUACCAGUGCACCGUCUGCCAGUCUGAGUACAACAACCUGCACGGCCUUCUCACCCAUUACGGGAAGAAGCACCCGGGCAUGAAGGUGAAGGCUGCUGACUUUGCCCAGGACAUCGACAUCAACCCAGGUGCCGUGUACAAAUGCAGGCAUUGCCCAUACAUCAACACCCGCAUCCAUGGCGUCCUGACCCACUACCAGAAGCGACAUCCGGCCAUCAAGGUGACCGCCGAGGACUUUGUGCACGACGUGGAGCAGUCUGCCGACAUAACCCAGAACGACGUGGAGGAGACCAGCAGGAUUUUCAAGCAAGGGUAUGGCGCCUACCGGUGCAAACUGUGUCCGUACACGCAUGGCACUCUGGAGAAGCUCAAAAUCCACUACGAGAAGUACCACAAUCAGCCCGAAUUUGAUGUCUUUUCCCCGUCGCCCCCGAAGCUGCCAGUCUCCCUGGAGCCCGAGAUAACCACUGAAGUGAGCCCCUCCCAAGUCUCCAUCGCCGAGGAGGAGGUGGGAGAGGAGGCCGUGUCCACUUCUCACUUCUCUACCUCGCACCUGGUCUCCCACACUGUGUUCCGGUGCCAGCUCUGCAAGUACUUCUGCUCCACAAGGAAGGGCAUCGCCAGGCACUACCGGAUCAAGCACAACAACGUGCGAGCCCAGCCCGAAGGCAAGAACAACCUGUUCAAGUGUGCCCUGUGUGCCUACACCAACCCCAUCCGCAAAGGGCUGGCGGCCCACUACCAGAAGCGCCACGACAUCGACGCCUACUACACGCACUGCCUGGCGGCUUCCAGGACCAUCAGCGACAAGCCCAACAAGGUGAUCAUCCCGUCGCCGCCCAAGGACGACUCCCCGCAGCUGAGCGAGGAGCUCCGGCGGGCGGUGGAGAAGAAGAAGUGCUCCCUGUGCGCCUUCCAGUCGUUCAGCAAGAAGGGCAUCGUGUCCCACUACAUGAAGCGCCACCCGGGCGUGUUCCCCAAGAAGCAGCACGCCAGCAAGUUGGGGGGCUACUUCACGGCCGUCUACGCGGACGAGCACGAGAAGCCCCCGCUGCUGGAAGAAGAGGAGAGAGGCAGCUUUGAGAAAGCCGAGGUGGAGGGCGAAGCGCAGGAGAUGGAGUGGCUCCCGUUCCGCUGCAUCAAAUGCUUCAAGCUGUCUUUCAGCACGGCGGAGCUACUGUGCAUGCACUACACUGACCACCACAGCCGGGACCUCAAGAGGGACUUCGUCAUUCUGAGCAACGGCCCCCGCCUGCAGAACUCCGCCUACCAGUGUAAGCACUGUGAUAGCAAAUUGCAAAGCACAGCCGAGCUGACCUCACACUUGAACAUUCACAAUGAGGAAUUCCAGAAGCGUGCCAAACGUCAGGAGAGGAGGAAACAGCUUUUGAGCAAGCAGAAAUAUGCAGAUGGUGCUUUUGCAGAUUUCAAACAAGAGAGGCCUUUUGGUCACUUAGAAGAGGUGCCAAAGAUCAAGGAGAGGAAAGUGGUGGGCUACAAGUGUAAAUUCUGUGUGGAAGUGCACCCAACGCUCCGAGCCAUCUGCAAUCACCUGCGGAAGCACGUCCAGUACGGCAGCGUCCCAGCCAUGUCCGCCGCUGUGAAGCAGGAGGCUGAAGACCCUUCCCACCUGUUCCUGGAUGGAUUGGAAGCAGCCAAAGAUGCCAGUGGCGCCCUGGUGGGCCGGGUGGAUGGUGAACACUGCUUGCUUGAUGGAAUGUUGGAGGAUGAAACCCGGCCGGGGGGAUACCAUUGCAGUCAAUGUGACAGAGUCCUGAUGUCCAUGCAGGGGCUGCGUUCUCAUGAGAGGAGCCACCUGGCCCUGGCCAUGUUUACCCGCGAGGACAAGUACAGCUGCCAGUAUUGCUCCUUUGUUUCUGCUUUCAGGCACAAUUUGGAUCGCCAUAUGCAAACCCACCAUGGACACCAUAAACCAUUCCGAUGCAAACUCUGCUCCUUCAAGUCCUCGUACAAUAGCCGGCUGAAAACACAUAUACUCAAAGCUCAUGCCGGUGAACACGCCUACAAGUGUUCUUGGUGCUCAUUCUCCACCAUGACAAUCAGCCAGUUGAAGGAACACUCCCUCAAAGUCCACGGAAAAGCCUUGACCCUCCCUAGGCCACGGAUUGUCAGUCUCCUCUCCUCACACGCCCACCACUCCUCCCAGAAAGCUGCCCCCAGUGAAGAAGUGGAAGACUCCAAUGACUCGUCGUACUCGGAGCCCCCAGACGUUCAGCAACAGUUGAACCACUACCAGUCAGCUGCCCUGGCAAGGAACAACAGCCGCGUCAGCCCCGUGCCUCUUCCUGGGGCUGCAGCUGGAACUGAGCAGAAAACCGAAGCCGUUCUUCACUGCGAAUUCUGUGAAUUCUCCUCUGGCUACAUCCAGAGCAUCAGGCGCCAUUACCGGGACAAGCAUGGAGGGAAGAAGCUUUUCAAGUGCAAAGACUGCUCCUUUUACACAGGCUUUAAAUCUGCUUUUACUAUGCACGUGGAAGCUGGGCAUUCAGCGGUUCCUGAGGAGGGCCCCAAAGACCUUCGCUGUCCUCUCUGCCUCUACCACACCAAAUACAAACGCAACAUGAUCGACCACAUCGUGCUGCACCGAGAAGAGCGAGUUGUCCCCAUUGAAGUGUGCCGUUCCAAACUGUCAAAAUACUUGCAGGGAGUCGUUUUCCGCUGUGAUAAAUGUACCUUCACCUGCUCCAGUGACGAGAGCCUCCAGCAACACAUAGAAAAGCACAAUGAACUGAAACCGUACAAAUGCCAGCUCUGCUACUAUGAGACCAAGCACACGGAGGAACUGGACACCCACCUUCGGGAUGAGCAUAAGGUAAGCCGUAACUUUGAGCUGGUUGGACGGGUUAACUUGGAUCAGCUGGAACAGAUGAAAGAGAAGAUGGAGACCUCUAGCAGCGACGAGGAGGACAAGGAAGAGGAGAUGAACAGCAAGCCCGAUGACGCAGAGCUCAUGAGGUUUUCUGACCAUGGGGCUGCUGUGAGCACGGAGAAGCGUUUUCCAUGUGAAUUUUGUGGACGGGCGUUUUCCCAGGGCUCUGAGUGGGAGAGACACGUGCUGAGACACGGCAUGGCAUUGAAUGACACCAAGCAGGUGAGCAGGGAAGACAGCCAUCCCAAAGAGGCCCUGGAGGACAGUAUUAAGAUGCCCUCUGUGGAGGAAAAGGAAGUUGGCGAGGCGAUGGGGAUAGACUUUUCCCUAAAGAAUGAAACAGUAGCCAUCUGUGUCGUAGCUGCCGACAAAUCUCUCCUGGAGAAUGCAGAGGCCAAAAAAGAAUAAGCAUUUGGUGAAAUUCCUAAUCAACCCUUACUUGAACCGUGAUGAGAAAGUGGGAGGGCCAGCUUGGGCUGAGAAGGGAGGGACAGACAAGAGAAGACAGAACAAAGCUGCUUUUUAGGACUGAACAAUCUAUUUUCAAAGCACUGGUACCUGUGUGAGUGAGUCUGUAAAUUAAAGUUAUUUAAAUGGUUGGAAUAUGUGGUUCCUUUUCCAUCACUACAUUCUUUGUUCCGGAUCUUCAUCAUGGAAGUUUCCUUUGUUGUGGAACGUGGAGGCACCUCGCGUGGGCACGGUGCGUUCUGUGGCGGUCUUGGACGGUAACUGGAGACAAGAAGCUCCGGGACAGAAGACUUCUCGUAGGGGAACAACUUCCUGACGCACAACUUUGAGUGCGUUUUUCUAGUUUUAAUACCUUAAGCUUUUUCAAGACCUAACUGCAGCCGCUUUGGGAAGAAAAAACAAAAACAAAAACAGAACACAAAAAAAAAAAAAAACUGCUUUGCAUAAAACAGUCACCUGUUUCCUAGUACCUCAAACUUAACCAAGGGAAUUCUCUGCAUUUGUCAGUACUACCUGCCGUCCUUGUGGCUAAAUGUAGAGAGAACUGCUGGGCAAGAUGGUGAAUGGAGAAAAAAAAAAAGAGUUUUAAAGAAAGGAACACAAAUUGUGCUUAAAAUCCCCAUGUGGGUUUUAUUUCUUAAAAUACUGUGAUUUUUUUAAUUAUUUUAGUAAAAAACAAAACAAAAAAAAGAAACAGACUUUAAUUAUUAGAUACCUGUUUGUGAAUUGUCAUCCUUUAUUCCAGGUAAGCUGUUUAUUAGUGUUCAACUAUAAUUUAGAAUUUGGUAGAUUCAUGUGAGCUAAUUUUAAGGUGAUUGUGGAGUUUUGUUUGCCACAUGUUUAUUUUCUAUCAAUCUGAGUGUUACAAACACAGCACAAUUCAGUUUUUCAUACGAAUUGGUUUUUGUGUGUGUGUUGUUACUGUUUUAAUUUGGGGCAAGGGAGAGUUAGUUUUCUGUGAAUAGGAAUGUUUUUAUUUUAAACAUGGAAAUAACAAAGAGGUUAACUUUCUUUUUCUUUUUAUUUAACUAAAGAACCAAACUUUCGGCACAGCUAUGCAGCUCGCGGGCCAGUGAGGAGGCCCUCUUCACCCUUUGUUGCUCGUCACACUAACAUAUUAUCCGUCUCACACAGUAAUUUCUGUUAGGAUGGGCUGGCUUUUGUGUGUGGUUUUCAAAUCUGUGUUUUUGUUUGCAUUGUGUUUUGCGGGGAUUUCUUGUUUAUUUUGGAGGACAAGGGGGUGUGCUAGAAUCCCAUCCCUUUGGUGAGAAUGGACAAGAAAUAAUGUGUAUCCUACAGGAACCUGGAGAACUACUUUUUUCUUCUUUUUCUUUUUCUUUUCUUUUUUUCAAACUAGCUGCCAGCUGCUCUAUUUCCCCAUAUUAGCUUUUUCAGGAUGGAGCAGCUUAGACUAAAUCUAAGUCUACAUCUAUCAUAUGUUCUGAUUGUGAACAAAGGGUUUUGUUCCAAAAAGUAGAAAAGAAUUUUUUUGCAGCCUAGGUUUUAGAAGCCUGUGUGUGUAUGUGUGUGUGUGUGUGUGGUGUGUGUGUAUGCUUGGAUACAUGUGUGUUAUGCAGGGUGUGUGUGUGUGUGUGUGCGUGUGUGAGUCAUUUGGUUUUCAUGUUUUGGUUUUUUUUUUUUACUUGGAAGGGUUGGGGGAGGGGGGUGGGAAGAAAGGGAAGGGAAAUUGCUGAGAUGACAGUGUCCCACACAGCUUCAAAUAAAAUCCAUGGAGAGACGUUGCAUUUGUGGAAUAAGUGCUUACUUGAAAAGCAUGUUCUUCUUUUAUUUUCUUGCUGUUAAGAACUUUUGUUUGUAGGACGUUUGUUUUAAUUUAAUUUUUGGGGGGGAUGGGGGCCAUGAUGUGGAAACCUUAAAAUGUGGAAAGUGUGAAUUAUCUAGACAAAGAUUCAUUUUGUGUCCAUAUUUGUUUUAAUUGGCCUCAUUUCAAAUGUAUUAAACAGUUCCAUACCUGGAUUGGGUGUUUGUAAUGGUUACCAAAAAACAAACAAACAAACAAACAAAAAAAAACAAAAAAGGAAAGAAAAAGGAAAAAAAAGAAAAUAAUUGUGACAUGCUUUUAUCACUACUUUAUUUUUCAAAUAACAUGUAAAUAUUGUAAUCCAUUGGAUUUUGUUUUGCUAACCUGUUAAUAAAAAUAUGGGACCAUUAUCCUUUUAACAAGGCUAGAAUGUCAUUUUUUUUUCUUUUUCAAACAUAUACCUGAUAUUUUGUGGCCGCACAUUUUGGAUGCAUUAUUAUAAUUCUGUUGACUGUAAUGACAUAGAAUUUACAACAUUUUUUGUUGUUGUUUAAUUUAUACAGAGGACAUUUUUUUCAGAGCUUGAGAGAAGAAAAUAAAUAGCAAAAUGAUAACCUAUUGACUCCAAUAAUCAGUGUUUCCCGAGACUUCACAAAAGAUAGGGAGAUCCUGAAUCCUUGAAGCCAAGGGUUGAAAAACAAAUAAAAAACAAAACAAACAAAGAAAAAACACAAGUAGGUUAUUCAAGUUGUUUGCAACAUACAUUUUGUAAUGAAAUGUGAGAAAUUAAUAAAGAAUUUUUUUCACAUGUGUC